UCUUGCUAGCGAUACAAAUACCCCACCGGUUUUCCUCUCAGCAAGAUGCUCAGAACUGAAUGAUUGAAUCAUGAAUUCCAUUUCCUCCCAUGGCGGCUUUUCCUCCGUUAUCCGCCUCAACAUCGGAGGGAAGAAAUUUUGCACUACUGUGGAUACAUUAACUCACCGCGAGCCGGAUUCGAUGCUCGCUGCAAUGUUCAGCGGUCGGCAUACUCUAAGCCAUGAAUCCGACAAGGGAUAUGUUUUUGUGGAUAGGGAUGGAAAACAUUUUCGGCAUAUUUUGAAUUGGUUGAGGGAUGGUGCUGUCCCAAUGCUGAAAGAUUCUGAAUAUUUAGAGCUUUUGCGAGAGGCGGAAUAUUACCAACUUCUUGGACUGAUAGAUGGAAUUAAAAUUGCUCUAAGUAAGAAGAAGGAGGAGGAGGAAUUGGGUACGGAAUUGACUCGCAUUGAUAUAAUCAAAUGCAUACAGUCCGAGAGAGUUAGAUUCCGAGGAGUUAAUCUUUCUGGUCUCGAUCUUUCUAAGCUGGACCUGUCAUAUGUGGACUUCGGCUAUGCAUGUCUUAAAAAUGUAUUCUUUUCACGUGCAAAUCUCCACUGUGCAAAAUUCAGGGAUGUGGAUGCUGAGGCUUCCAUUUUUCACAAUGCAACUUUGCGUGAAUGCGAAUUUACUGGAGCCAACCUUCGUGGAGCUUUAUUAGCAGGUGCCAAUCUUCAAAGUGCAAACUUACAAGAUGCAUGCUUGGUAGAUUGUAGCUUUUGUGGGGCAGAUCUGCGAUCAGCGCACUUACAGACGGCUGAUCUUACAAAUGCUAACUUGGAAGGAGCUAAUCUGGAAGGAGCCAAUCUAAAGGGUGCAAAGUUAACUAAUGCCAAUUUGAAGGGUGCCAAUCUCCAGAGAGCUUAUCUUCGGCAUGUGAAUCUUCGUGAGACACAAUUGGAAGGUGCAAAGCUUGAUGGUGCCAAUUUGCUGGGAACAAUCAGGUGAUGAACAGAUGUACAACAUGGUGGGCAUGUAAGGCAUCCGUCCGGCUAUAUGUAAUAUAUAUAUAUAUAUAUAUCUAUUUCUGUGUUAUUUUAAUUUGCCAAUCCAGGAUCUUUACUGGCGAUGUUGGAAAUGGAAGUAGAGACAUAAGGAUCCUAGCUUAUCUAUUUGUUCAGCAACCAUACGAUGCCCUUAGUUGUGCUUGAUUUAUUACUUGAUCAAAAUAUGUGCGAAAACGUUUUCCAUUUAUGAGGAGUCUCAGCAAACUGUUUUAGAGAUUGUCAAA